UUUGGCUCAACGUGCGGCAGUGACUGUCCGAAGCUGCUCGGAGAUGACGGCUGUGAUGUACCGGCUGCUGCGCGGCUCCUCCCGGAGAGCGGCCUCGGCGGCUGCCUACAGCACUGCUCGGGAUGGACCUCCAGGCCCUGCUCCCCCAGUCCAGCCCGCCCCGUCCUCGGGGUCUCCUGCCCCGGCUCAGCCUCCUCUGCACCCGCCCAACGCCCCCACCCUUGGCCGCCGGUUCUCGUCCACCGCCCCCAAGGUUGACAACAAGACCUUCUUGUGGUCCCGGUACGGGGAGAUGAAGAAGCUGGUGCAAGACCUUUUGCCUCCUGGGGUGUGUAACCUCCUGAACUCCUCCACCAUGUACGCUAACAAUGAAGUAUGUCUGGGAGACAUUGAAAUUUAUGGCUUUGAUUAUGACUAUACUUUGGCACUCUACUCGAACGCUCUGCACUCCAUGAUCUUCAACACUGCCAGGGAAAUUCUUGUGGAACAGUACAAGUACCCAGCGGGAAUCUUGAAGUACGACUAUCUGCCCAACUUUGCUGUAAGGGGCCUUCACUACGACAUCAAUAAGGGACUGCUUAUGAAGAUAGAUGCCUACCACUACAUUGAGUUGGGCACAGUGUACAGGGGCCUCAAGCCGGUCCCAGAUGAGGAGGUGAUGGAGCUCUACCAGGGAACACACCACAUCCCUCUUCACCAGGUCAGCGGGUUCUACGGCAAGGGUCCUGCUGUUAAACAGUACAUGGACAUCUUCUCUCUGCCAGAGAUGAACCUCUUGGCCGUGGCCAAUGACUUUUUCAUCAGCAAUGAGAUUGAUUAUGAUCCUGUCCAUCUCUACAAGGACGUCACAGAUGCCAUCCGCGAUGUCCACGUUAAGGGAUUGAUGUACAAGUGGAUCAUGCAGGAUCUCGAAAAAUACAUCCUUCGCGGGGACGAGACAUACGCGGUCCUGCACCGCUUGGCAAGUCAGGGCCGUAAACUUUUCCUAAUCACGAACAGUCCUUUCAGUUUUGUAGACAAGGGGAUGAAGUACAUGGUGGGCAAGGACUGGAGGGACUUCUUUGAUGUUGUGAUUGUGCAAGCAGACAAACCCCAUUUCUUCAACGACUGCAUCAAGCCCUUCCGACGAGUGGACGGGAAUGGAGACCUGAAGUGGGACAGGAUUACCAAACUGGAGAAGGGGGAAGUCUACAAACAGGGUAACCUAUUUGACUUCCUUCGGCUGACGGGAUGGCGGGGUUCCAAGGUGCUGUACUUUGGUGAUCACCUCUACAGUGACCUGGCAGACCUGAUGCUUCGUCAUGGAUGGAGGACGGGGGCGAUCGUGCCCGAGUUAGAGACUGAAACCAAAAUUGUCAAUACAGAGCAGUACUCUCAGUCCUUGACUUGGAUGCAGGCGCUUACUGGGCUGCUGGAGCGUAUGCAGAAUUUCCGUGACCCCGAGUCUCAGCAGAUCCUACAAGACUGGAUGAAGGAGAGACAGGAGCUCAGAGCCGUGACCAAGAACCUGUUCAACCCCCAGUUCGGUAGCAUCUUCCGCACGUGCCACAACCCCACGUACUUCUCCAGGCGGCUCUGCCGCUUCUCCGACCUGUACAUGGCCUCCAUCAGCUGCCUCCUCAACUACGACCUGAACUACACCUUCUUUCCCCGCCGCACCCCACUGCAGCACGAGGCGCCUCUCUGGAUGGACCAGCUCUGCACCGGCUGCAUGAAGACUCCCUUCCUGGAAGAAAUGGCCCACAUCCGCUAGACUUGACUUUUUUUCUAUUUUUAUUUUUUCCCCUUCAAUUCCAGUGCAGUUUGCACAGAGGCCAAGGCCAAGCUUCGUCCUGAAAAAGUGGAAUUUUUGUUUUUGUUUUGAUUUUUUGUUUUUUUAGUGUUUUAUGAAUAGGCUGGGUAACAGGGUGUACUAAGAUGUUCUAAAGAUCUGUUCCUCCUUAAUCUGACUCAGUAUUAUCAGAUUCUGUCUUUGAUAAAUGGUUCGGUAAACCAAGUUUUUAUUAUUUUUUUGUUUUUUUACAAAUUUCAUUCCCACAUUUUGAAAUGUGUUGCAUUUUGCCCCUCCUCCAGGGGGGUGAAGAGAAUCUGGAUUAUGAGCAGCUUUCCCUCGAGAUUUGCGCUCGCAGGGGGCUAAAGAGCUGCACGUGUUCUUAUGGAGGUGUGACAUUUUUAGGAAUGUGCCAUCUGUCCUCCGGCCUCUGCUUUUACUUUUGUGGGCCUCUCCAUCUGUUCCUGUGGCUGCCAAAUGCUGAGCAAGGCGAACUACAGAGACCCGCGGCCAUGACAUUGGAGAGGGGACAGUACAGACGGAAAGGGCGUCCUGUGUACGUCAAGGGGGAUCAAAAGACUUGUAUUCAUGACCGAUUAUGGAACAAUUUUUAGAAAGGAAAAACGCACAAUUUUUUUAAAACCAAUUUAAAUCGUUAAACGGGUCGUCUCAUCUCGCUAGGAUAGGCCUUCAAAGUCAGAUCUGAGACCUAGGUGGGACCCGCUCCUAUCCUAGCGAUAUGCCAUUACUUGUGAGAUGAGACAAGCCCCUUUAAGCAUAGGUCAUUACUCACCCAUAUACUGAUUAUAUCAGAAAUAUGGGUGACCACCUGUAGGUUCAUCUUCCUAGUAGCCACGAGCUGUCACCCAGGGGUCUGAGACUCGUGUAUGGUCCAGAUCGGCGCCAUAUUCAGGUCUUUCUGCAUAACUUUGCCGUUCAGAACUCUGGGAAAGUUGGGUAUAAAUGACUGGGGGAGCUGUAAUGGCAGAAAUGAAAGGAGUUGUGAGAUUUUAAAAAAUGCUCAUUGUGCACUGUUCUUGUCCGUCUGGUCUUGCAGCUCAGCUUCUCAGCUGCAAUUCCAGACCCAACCUAUGGACAACAGUGGCGCUGUUUCUGAAAAA